CCAUCGCGCACGCGAGACCCACACCGCCAGCACACUGCUCUGCCACCUCGUCCCCUCAUUGUGACAACACCACACCACACGCAGCAACACCAGCACCGCCACCAUGAGCAAGGUUUCCCGCGACACCUACGAAGAGGCGAUCCAGGCCCUCCUCAAGCACUCCCUCAAGGACAAGAAGCGCAAGUUCCGCGAGACGGUUGAGCUUCAGGUUAUGCUGAAGAACUACGAUCCCUCCCGUGACAAGCGCUUCAGCGGCACCGUGCGUCUGCCCGGCAUUGCCCGCCCUGGCAUGAAGGUGUGCGUGCUCGGUGACGAUGCUCACUGCGACGAGGCCAAGGCCGCCGACAUUCCCUGCAUGGACGUCGACUCCCUCAAGAAGCUCAAGAAGAACAAGAAGCUCGUCAAGAAGCUGGCCAAGCAGUACGAUGCGUUCCUUGCGUCGUCGAAGCUUCUGAAGCAGCUGCCUCGUAUCCUUGGGCCUGGCCUCAACAAGGCCGGCAAGUUCCCCUCCCCCGUCUCGCACGAGGAGAAGCUGCCCGAGAAGGUUGACGAGCUCAAGGCUACCGUCAAGUUCCAGAUGAAGAAGGUGCUCACGCUCGGUGUCGCCAUUGGUCACGUCGACAUGUCCGAGGAGGAGCUCAUCACCAACUCCAUCCAGGCCGUCAACUUCCUCGUCUCCCUCCUCAAGAAGAACUGGCAGAACGUGCGCUCCCUCAACAUCAAGAGCACCAUGGGCCCUCCCCAGCGCAUCUACUAAGCAGAUGCUGCUCUUUGGUGUGAUGUCACCCUUUUCUUGACUGCACGUGUUAUGCUAAGCAACCCUCUCCCUCCCAAUUACAAGACCCCCGAACAGAGAGAAGGCGAUUGCCGUGUGUAUGGCGUGUAUCUGUCUAUGAGAGGAACGAAGCG